GAAGAACAUUGAGCAUGAGCUUCUGGUAGAACUUCUCUGUGUGUAUUUGCAAACCAUCUCUUGCUGUGUGUGUUGUAAAUCACACCAUAAUUAGGUUUAAGAGCUGACAUUAAAACAGAGACCUAUGUUUUCUUAUCAUGCCCCGGUGGACCACUUACGUUGUCCCUGCAGGGAUGGCCCUUCCUUCAUGGACUCCACACUAGGUGCUGGACACGUGAAGAUGAGCAUCCUGCCUCUGAUGUGGUCUCCAGGGAGUUGGAGUUGACAGACUGGGAGAGCAGAUUGGACAGAAGCACAAAGAAAAGAAAGCAGAGACCAUUUAGAAGACUCCUGGUGGUUUGUAGGUACGUGGGAAGAUCUUUCGGCAGCUUGGCGUGGAAGCGAUUGAUCACCUUGCUCUCAUUUCUGCCUGGUCUGUGCUGGCGAGGGAGAGUGCCCAAAUGAGCAAGAUAGUGCAGCCAAGCAGCGCUCCGGGAGUGAACGGGAUCAGCGUUAUUCACACUCAGGCGCACGCCAGCGGCUUGCAGCAGGUUCCUCAGCUGGUGCCCGCCGGCCCUGGAGGAGGAGGCAAAGCCGCGCCUCCAAGCAAGCAAAGCAAGAAGAGUUCACCCAUGGAUCGAAACAGUGACGAGUAUCGCCAGCGCAGAGAGAGGAACAACAUGGCUGUGAAAAAGAGCCGAUUGAAAAGCAAGCAGAAAGCACAAGACACGCUGCAAAGAGUGAACCAGCUCAAAGAAGAGAACGAACGCUUGGAAGCGAAAAUUAAAUUGCUGACAAAGGAAUUAAGUGUACUGAAAGAUUUGUUUCUUGAACACGCACACAACCUUGCAGACAACGUGCAGCCCAUUAGCACUGAAAAUACGACAACAAAUUCCGAUACUGCGGGACAGUAGGCCUCCUCCUUUCCAGACUUCGCAACUGUGGCUUGAGCAUGAAAGGUGUGACCACCGACGCCACUCACGUUCAUGGCUGAGUGUUGUCUUUUCCAUUAUUCAGAGCCAUUGGAGGUUAUUUUCUAGGGUCAGCACUGAAGCGUUGAUUAGCCUUGCCGUUUAAAUAUCUGGCUUUACAUGAUGUGAAUUUUUGUGGGAAUUGAAAAACAAAAAUUUUUAAAGUAUAUGGUAAAA